AUGUCUUCCGAUGCGCCGCCUCAUGCGGCGGGAUACACAACUUAUCCAUCGUCCUCCGCUCCCUCUGCCACUUCAAAUCCAGAUCGAAACGCAAAUCCGGCUACGUUAUCCGAAACAUCCGGCGCGGUAGCACCGGACUCGAAUCUAAACCCCCGCAGCUGUGUAACCUGCCGCCGUCGCAAAGUUCGCUGCAACAAGAGGGAGCCAUGCUCCAACUGCGUCAAAGCGGGCAUUGACUGCAUCUUCCCAGGUCCCGGUCGCGCGCCGCGGAAACAGCGACGUCCGCCCGAUGUUGAGGUGUUGUCGCGAUUAAGGAGACUGGAAGGUGUUGUUGAAAGUCUGGGAGGAACAGAGGCGAUUGAGAAACUGAUUGCGGCGAAGCUGGCGGCUGAUUCAGACCCUACCAAGACCGCAUCGCACCCCCAGGCGCCUGCUGGUGAGAGCGUAAAUCUUUCAAAAGAUUCUAGCGCAUCUACUCAGGCUAUUUGGAAUCUAUCCUCUACACGAAACAGUGAGGUAUACGAAGAAUUAGGACGAUUGGUUAUUGAUGAUUCAAAAAGUGCCUAUGUGAGCGAUCGCUUUUGGUCUAGUGUUGGCAAUCAGAUCGAGGAACUGGAGGGAAUUCUAGACUCCGAGAGUGAAGAGGACGUUGAGAAUAUGACUUCGCCCGAAGACGCUUCGCAAUCGCCUAAUACUUACAGCCACGAUGCUUUUAUUUUUGGAUAUAAUUCACUUGCCAAAAGCUUGCGCAACUAUCAUCCUUCCCCAACACAGGUAUUUAUUUUGUGGAAGACAUAUGAGCAAAAUAUCGCUCCAUUAUUGACAAUCGUUUACAAACCGACCAUUCGCAAUCUAAUAGUCAAUGCAGCGAUGAAUCAAGAUCCAGUAGACAAGAACAGCGAGGCACUUUUGUUCGCUAUUUAUUUCGCCACUGUUAUUAGCAUGACCCCCGAGCAGUGUCUGGCGGAGAUAGGUGAUGAUCGUGAUUCUGCGAUCAAUCGAUUUCGCUUCGCGACCGAACAAGCUUUAGCAAGAGCAAACCUUUUGAAUUCCCGCAACAUCAAUCUCCUUCAGGCUGCUGUCUUAUUCAUAUCGAGUGUCCACAAAGUUGAUAAUGGCAGGUUUGUCUGGUCAAUGUCUUCUAUUCUUCUUCGACUAGCGACUGGCUUGGGUCUGCAUCGAGACGGGACCAAUUUCGGGUUGACUCCAUUUGAGACAGAGAUGCGCCGUCGACUUUGGUGGCAUAUUGUUAUUGUGGACGCGCGAACUGCAGAGGAUCAUGGUACCGAGCCUAUGAUCAAUGAAUCAAUGUACGAUACGAGGUUGCCUCUCCACAUCAAUGAUGACGAUAUCAGUCCAGAAUCAAAGACUUUCCCCUCGGAACGGGCUGCUUUUACUGAUAUGACUUUUACUCUCAUCCGGUGCCAUGUUUCUCAACGGUAUCGCCAUUUGAUCCAUUUUUCUACGGGCAAGAAUUCUGUUGGACCAACCCUUGAGGAACGCAAAAGGACGGUUGAACGGUUGCACGACACCUUGAACGAAAGUUUCGUCCAGCAUUGUGACAUGCAAGAACCAUUCCAGUGGGCAUGCGCGACUAUGGCCCGAUUGGUUGUAGCCAAGUUAUGGCUUGUUGUGCAUCAUCCCAUGAUUAAGAACAAUCUAACAUCAUUGUCUCCCGAGGACCGUAACAGAAUACUAUUGACGUCGAUUGAAGUAAUAGAGUUCACCCGACUGAUGGAGACGAGCGAGUCAACCAGACGCUGGAGUUGGCUAUUUGGGUCUUAUGUUCAAUGGCAUGCAAUUGCUUUUGUGCUUGCGGAACUCUGCGUUCGACCGCGGUGUCCGGGAGUUGAUCGUGCAUGGCUUGCGAUCGAUUCGACUUUUCAUGAGUGGGAGCGCAGAGCGCAGGGGAAGAAGGGACCAUUAUGGCGACCUUUGAAGAAGCUCUAUAAUAAGGCGCAAACGUUUCGCACAAAUACGUAUGGAGCACGGGAUAUUGGUUGUACUACGAUGCAAUCGCCUUUCAAGGGGUUAGAUCAAAAUAUACCUACCAUUCCACUAAACCAACAACAGCCUUUGCCAUCACAAAUACCGCAACCAGAGCAGCAACAAUGGAAUACUGGUACAAACAGCAAUGGUCCAUACCACCUAGAUGGAAAAUCGUCUCAAUUUUCUAGCCCUGGACAAACGUUCCCCGAUUCAGGUCAGAAUGUUUCCACGUCCGCAACUUUCAAUCCAGCACCGCCAAGGGAUAAUAUGGAUACAGCCAAUAAAGCCAUUCCCCAAUUUAAUCUCGAUUUCAGCAAGAGUAUACCCGACAUUAUGAAUGAUUUCAUGCCUACAUAUACCAUGGCGAUUGGAGACAGUUCUGCUGACAACAUCAUGAACACCAACCCCAUCAACACUAUUCCUACCAACGGUACCAAUAAUACGAGGACCUCGGCAUUCCCCCCUUCUUCUAACGCACUUAAUAAUAAUCUCAACCCCAACGAUAACGUAUGGUCCCAAGAACUGCCGAAUGCCUUUGGUAUGCCGCUGAAUUGGGACCGACUUGAUGAUGUGAUGCGUGACUUUCAACAUGAGUUUGAGAAGGCUGCUGGGCCUGACUCCGGUAACGGCCAGUGGGUCACAAUGUUGUCCGAUGCAGCCAAUAAAAUAGCUCAAUAUACAGAAGACACGCAGCUUCAACUCAUCUUCCGUCCAGCUCCAUCAUACCUUUGCAACCGUACGUCGAACUCAAUUGAGCAUUACAAAAGUGAACCAUCGAAUACAAGUUCACGUUCAACGAAUAUAACAGAUACAAUGGCUCCAAAACGGCAACAAGCCACUUCUUCCAGCGCAGCUGCAUUAACUCCUACAACAGGCUCCUCAACACCCAGCUCAUCAUCCACAUCAGCAGCGCCAACAACGACAACGGCAACAGUCCCCCUGAGCCCCAAAGCCUCCGUGGCCGAAAUCGCACAACACAUUCUUAACCGCUACUUUGCGCAGACAUCGCAGCGGACGUUUCUGCUUGAUGCGUUUAUGGUUUAUCUAGUGCUGGUGGGCGGAAUUCAGUUUGUUUAUUGUGUUGUUGCUGGGAAUUAUCCAUUCAAUGCCUUCCUAGCUGGUUUCUCGGCUGCCGUCGGUCAGUUCGUGCUUACUGCUAGUUUGCGGAUGCAAACCGCUUCUUCCUCGUCGUCGACAAAUGUCUCGCUUUCGUCGAAAGGGAAGCUUCAAACUACUACAUCUGAGCAGGACUCGGGUAUACAGGAGAUUUCUCAUGAACGGGCAUUCGCGGAUUAUAUUUUCGGAAGUUUGAUAUUGCAUUUUUUCUGCAUUAAUUUUAUUAACUAGACGGACAUCCUUGACAAUUCGAGUGUCCUCGGCGCUAUGAGAUUAUAAAAGAAGGAAACCCGGAAUGUAUGGCUCGCGUUCUCUGGUCAGCUCCUUUGUUGCAUCACAUAUAUGUAUGUUCUUUGUCGAUUGGAAUGCGUGGAUAUUUAAAUAUCUUUAAACAUGAUGAAGCAUUGUUAUUCGUUUCUGUCACGGUCGUUCUUGUGGAACUUUUCGAAGGUCAUUCAGAAAACUUGAUUCAAGUUUCUAUAUCCAUGUCUAGUCUUUGUAAACGCCCGAA